AUAAAAGAAGACAGAGAGAAGAUACUGAAGAACAAACAGAGUUGAAGAAAAAUGCGGAGAAUUAAAACUUGAUGUUGAUGAUAAAGUUGAUGAUAAAACUCUUAUUGAAAUGAGUUGCCCCCAGACCAAACAGAAAUACUUGAAAAGCAAAGCAAAGAAAUCUUUCACCUGCACUCAGUGUGGAAAGACUUUUACAAACAAACAACAUCUUGAGUGUCACGUGAGAGUUCAUACUGGAGAGAAACCGUUCACAUGUGAUCAGUGCGGGAAGAGUUUCACACAAAAAGCACACCUUACAGGACAUAUGUUAAUUCAUACUGGAGAGAAACCAUUUACUUGUGAUCAGUGCUGGAAGAGUUUCUCAUACUCAUCAAACCUUAAGGAUCACAUGAACAUCCACACUAGAGAGAAACUGUACACAUGUGAUCAAUGCGGGAAAACAUUUUUGAGGGAUUCUCACCUGAAGCAGCACCUGAGAGUUCAUACAGAGGAGAAACCACAUUCAUGUCAUUUGUGUGGAAAGAGUUUUUCUCGUCCAGAACAUUUAAAAGUGCAUCAGAAAACACAUACUGGUGUGAAAGGCUACAUGUGCUUUGAGUGUGAGAAGUCUUUUACUACAGCAAGCAAUUUAAAAAAGCAUGAGAGGAUUCACACCGGAGAGAAACCUUACAAGUGUUCCCACUGUGACAAGAGAUUUAGUGUGUCAACAGGUCUGAAAACACAUGAGAGGACUCACACUGGAGAGAAACCUUAUGAGUGUUCACACUGUGACAAGAGAUUUAAUCAGUUAUCACAUUUAAAAACACAUGAGAGGACUCACACUGGAGAGAAACCUUACGAGUGUUUACACUGUGACAAAAAAUUCAGUGUGUCAUCAAGUCUGAAAACUCACAAGAGGAUUCACACCGGAGAGAAACCGUAUCACUGCUCUGCUUGUGGAAAGAGCUUCAAUCAAUCUUCUCAUCUACACAUUCAUACAAAAAACUAUCACAGUGAUUAGAUCAUCUUCAGAUCAAGCUCUUUCAGGUCUGAUGGACAUCUUCUUCAAAUGUGACGCAAUAACGCUAGCCUGCUACACUUCACUUUGCUUCGUAGACAGAGUCUGGAAAGGCAUAACUGACAAGCGUCUGAAGUUUAAACUCAUAGGUGUACCCGUAAGCCAAUUACAUAACAUUAUGCGCCGACUCAAACUUCUGCUAUAAACAGAAGUAUGCGUGGAAAACAAAACAAAUACUGAAUACUGCAAUUUAAUUGCAAGAUUACAGCAUGAAAUGGAAAUAUUCAAGGACUGGAAAAGAAAAGAAGACACUGACCUUUCUGUUACUGAUUGGUAACAGUUGAUAAAUUAAACUUUUCCCAAACCUGUCGGGAGUAGGACCACAAUAUCAACUGGCAAAUACUGGGAAUCUCCUCCACAACAGAGCAAACAGCAUCCCAUGUCUCGAUGUCUGCAGUUGUUUUAGAUUUCCCUGUCGUGAACUACUAAAUCCGGUGCAUAGCGUCUACUUCAUGGCUUGGCCCCCGGAACAUAUCAGCUGCCUCAGGAGUCCCACAAACCAACCAGUCAUAGUCGUAGUUCAUUCGGACUCAAUGUCUCCCUCAGGCUCCUGUCAAAGCUCUGCCGGAGGUGGAAGUUAAAGACCUCUCUGACAGGGGGCUCUUCCAAAUGUUCCCAACAGACCCUCACAGUAUGUUUGGGCCUGCCGAGUCUGUCCAGCUUCCUCUCCCACCAGCGGAUCCAACUCACCCUCUAUUCACCCAAUUGUCUAAGAUGUAAGGGUCCCCCUUUUCCUGCAGAACGUAAUCCAAAUUUUAUCUGACUCCAAUCAUUAAUUAACUAUAAUAUUU